CGAGCUCUCUUGCAAAGCUCCGCAGCGGCCUUGAGGUUGCCCGAAGGGCCCGUAAAGCUACCGGCGAGCCCGGGAGGGACAAUAACCGCAAAAGGUCCCACCAGCCGGGGCAAGGAAUCCCGGCGGAUGCCGGCCAAGGCCCGCCACGCCCAAGAUGGGCGCUACGGCAAGCGAAGGGGGAAGUGAGCGCAGCUUCUGUUUGUGAGACCGGGCGUCUCCGCGGAAGGUCUGUGCGGCUUGGGAACGGGAGUGGGUCUCGCAGGCGAAGCCUGGAAGAGUGGACGGUGCUGCUCGCCCCGCUGGGCUGUUUCACAUGAUGGAGAAUAGACACCUCUUCUUCCUCCCUCUGCUGUGUUUCUCUCUCGUGUGGUUAGUGGCCUGCGAUGUGGAACCCACCGUCUUUGUUCCUGAAGAAGUUUGUUUGGAAAAUGGCAGUUUGAAGAACAUCUCGGUGACAUUAAGCGCCCCGGCCAACACGACCCUGAGGAUCACGUUUGCCGUGACGUAUUCAUCCAAGGUGAACAGCACCAUCGUCGAACUGCCCGACCAGGUAAUAGUAUCAGCUGGCAAAAAGGAGGCAAGUUUCCAAGUCAGAGCAAAAGCCGUCGGGCAGAUGACUGUAUUUCUUCACAACAACGCAUCCAACCGAACUGGGCCGAGGAUCCGGUUUCUCGUCAUUCACAGCAACGUAGUGAGGAUCAUAGACCAGGUGAUUGGGUGGAUCUACUUCCUGGCCUGGUCGAUCUCUUUCUACCCUCAGGUCUUUGAGAACUGGAGACGGAACAGCGUCGUGGGGCUCAGCUUUGACUUCAUUGCUUUGAACCUCACUGGCUUCAUCGCCUACAGCGUGUUCAAUGUCGGGCUGUUCUGGAUCAGUGCCGUGAAAGAGCAGUUCUUGCAAAUGUACCCCAACGGAGUGAACCCGGUGGACAGCAACGACGUCUUCUUCAGUCUCCAUGCAGUCGCCGUGACGCUGAUCAUCAUCUUCCAGUGCUUAAUCUAUGAGAAGGCGAACCAGAAAGUCUCUUGGGUCGCCAUUGGGCUGCUGGUGGUUGCCUGGGUCUUCGUCUUCACCACCCUGACGGUGGCUGCUGUGGGAGCGAUCACGUGGCUGCAGUUCUUGUUUUAUUUCUCCUACAUCAAGCUGGGGGUGACGCUGGUCAAAUACUUCCCCCAGGCAUACAUGAACUUCCGCCGGAAGAGCACGGUAGGAUGGAGCAUUGGCAACGUCCUGCUGGAUUUCACGGGCGGUGCCUUCAGCCUCCUCCAGAUGUUCCUGCAGUCAUACAACAACGAUGCUUGGAAGCUCCUCUUUGGGGAUCCCACGAAGUUUGGCCUCGGCCUGUUCUCCAUCAUCUUUGACGUCGUGUUCAUUGUCCAGCAUUACUGCUUGUAUCGCGCUCAAGAAUACCAGCCAUUUGAAUGAGCACGCUCCCUGGAAGGAAUCGCCAGUUGCACUUCCUGGGGCGGACAGUGCAGGACACACGCCGUGUUUGCUGUGGCACCGUCUUGGCCUUGGGCAUCCCGAGUGGACUGCAAAACCCUGUUUACUUCCCAUAUUUCACUCUGGUGCCUUAGUAUCUUCCAGACCUGCUGUUUAUGGCACAGCCAGCCUCUCCCAGGCUGUUUGGCUACACAAGGCUGCCGCAGCAACGGUGGAUGUCUCGGCUGAUGGUUGCGUGCGGGAGAGACUGGGUCACAAAAUACCAACCAGUUUCCAGAUAAAACGGAUGAUUUGUGAGCCAA